AUCAAGUAGCAGUAGCAACAGCAGCAUCAUCAGUAGUAGUAGCAGUAGCAUCAUCAUCAACAGCAGCAGCUGCAGCAGCAUCAAGUAGCAGUAGCAACAGCUGCAGCAGCAUCAUCAGUAGCAGUGGCAGGAUCACCACCAGUGGCAUCAUCUUUGCGCCGAAGCUACCGAGUUGGCAGCGAGGAUGGAACGCGGCGCGCACGCGGAGUUACGCGAGGCCAGAUGAUCACAGCAGCAAUCCGACCCUCCAUGUAUGACUCCGCACGCCAAAAGAAAACAACAACAGCAAGACAACAACAACGAGAAGAUCCCAACACUGUGAAAGUUUAAUCGCAAGCAACAGCUCCAAAACCGACGACAGCAAAAAACAGCAUCGCCGCCGACACCCCUGCCUCUCUCUCUCUCUCUCGUAGCCGCGAAGAGCAGCGUGAAGCAGUGGAUAGAGAAUGCGAAGUGCCCUGGCGCGCCGCGGACGGCGCGAGAAGCUGGCCGCGCAGAUUUGUUUCGUGGGCGCCGCUCUGCUGGGGACCGCGGUGCUCAGCAACUUGGCCUCUCUCGCAGAGGACCCGUCGCACCGGCGUGACGGGGCACCCUCGGGACCCCCCCGUGGAGGCGCGGGGGGCGGGACGCACGCCGCCUCGUCUCGGAGGGCCCAUGGCAGCAGGAGGUUGCUGUCCUCGCCCGAAUGGAACGUCACGUCGGAGGAGAAGAAGAACUGCACAGAACCCGGAAUCCACGAGUUCCCAGAAGACAUCUUCAACAACGUGCAGCGCCGGCACGGCGCCGUGUUACUGCACGUGCUGUGUACCAUGUACAUGUUCUACGCCUUGGCUAUCGUUUGCGACGACUUCUUUGUCCCGUCACUGGAAAAAAUCUGCGAGCGCCUGCACUUGGACGAGGACGUGGCUGGCGCCACCUUCAUGGCGGCCGGGAGCUCGGCGCCGGAGCUCUUCACGUCCAUAAUCGGUGUGUUCAUCACCAAGGGGGACGUGGGCGUUGGCACCAUCGUGGGCUCGGCCGUCUUCAACAUCCUCUGCAUCGUCGGUGUCUGCGGGAUCUUCGCAGGCCAGGUGGUGUGCCUCACGUGGUGGCCCAUCUGCAGGGAUUCCGUCUACUACACCUUCUCCGUGAUCGCCCUCAUCCUGUUCAUUUACGACGAGAAGGUCGUCUGGUGGGAGGCCGUGAUUCUCGUGACGAUGUACGUGAUGUACAUCGUUUUGAUGAAGUUCAGCAUGCGCCUCCAGGCCUUCUUUGCACGGCUCCAUAAGGGCGGCAGGAACACAGCCAACGGGGUGGCCAACAGCAACGAGAUGGAGGACGUGAACCCGAACCACGUGGGGGACAUGUGCCGCAGCACCUCGGUGCUCAUGGUGGACGAGCUGCUCUCUGUGUGUCCACACAAGCUGGACUUCUCGGAGGCCGGGCUCCGCAUCAUGAUCACCAACCACUUCCGGCCGCGCACGCGCCUCCGCAUGGCCAGCCGCAUGCUCAUCAAUGAGAGGCAGCGGCUGCUGCGCGGGCGCGGAGUCGCCUGCAGCGAGUGCGAGGUCGCCCACAAGAUCCAGCGCAAGUACCGCUCGGGCGCCAACGCGUGCGGCGGCGAUGCCGCGGCGGGCGCCACCACCGCGGCCGCGAACAGCGGCGGCGACGCGGAGAACGGCGCCGUCUCGCCGGGGGGAGCGGUGGCCGCGGCGGAGGUGGCGGUCGCGGCCGUGGCCAACGACGGGCGGUCGAAGGAUGGCGCGGGGAAGGAGGGCGCGGGGAAGGAGGGCGCGGGGAAGGAGGGUGCGGGGAAGGAGGGCGCGGGCUGCGAGGAGGAGGAGGAGGAUGACGAGGGAGUGUCCUCGCCAUGCGUCGUGCCCGACGGCCACCUCGCCCGCUUCAAGUGGCUGGUGUCGUGGCCGCUGGCGCUGCUGCUCUACCUGACGGUGCCCAACGUGGCCCAGCCGCGCUGGGAGAGCUGGUUCAUGGCCACCUUCAUCCUGUCCACGCUCUGGAUCGCGAUCUUCUCCUACGUCAUGGUGUGGAUGGUCACCAUUAUCGGAUACACGCUGGGCAUUCCCGACGUCAUCAUGGGCAUCACCUUCCUGGCGGCCGGGACGAGCGUGCCGGACUGCAUGGCCAGCCUCAUCGUGGCCAGGCAGGGGCUGGGUGACAUGGCUGUUUCGAACUCCAUCGGGAGCAACGUCUUCGACAUUCUCGUGGGCCUCGGCUUCCCCUGGGCCCUGCAGACGCUGGCGGUGGACCACGGCUCCCAGGUGGCCAUCAACAGCCGGGGUCUCGUCUACUCCGUCAUUCUGCUGCUGGCCUCGGUGUUCAUGACGGUGCUCGCCGUCGGCCUCAACAAGUGGAGACUCGACAAGAAAUUGGGCCUCGGCUGUUUGCUGCUUUACGUGGUGUUCAUCAGCUUCUCCAUCCUCAUCGAGUUCAACGUCUUCACGUUCGUCAACCUGCCCACGUGCCGCGAGGAGUGAGCUCAUACCCCUCUGCCCCUCCCCGUAUACCCCACUCCACCCCCAUCCCUCCCCUCCCAUCCCUUCCUUUGGGAUGACCGUCAAGAGUCGUACUGCACCAGCCGUGGUCUCCUUGCCAGGAUGGCAGGGAGAUUAUAGAGGCCAUUGAUGAAAGGUGGGAGGAAAACAAUAAAUUGGAAGUGCUUCUUUCUCAAAAGAUGUGUGCACAGGGUUGUGUUGACAUUGAAGGACAUUUCGCUGCUGCUGAAAGUCUGAUGUACGUUGUCGUCAUUUUUUCUUUCUCUCUCUCCGAAACGUUCUGUUCGUUUUGUCUGUCGAUACGAUGCUGGGUGUAGUUUUGCUUGUGAGAGAGAGGAAUAGAAUCGAUGUUUUGCAGGUGGCAAAACUUGCCAGGGCUUGAGAAGAGUGGCUUAUUCUGGUAUCGUUGAAUCAAAGCAAUUUUUGCACUGGGUAUUUCUGUUAAUUUAUAUUAUUUUACUUGACAUGUGUAAUUUCUACACGGAUAAAUGACUGUAAAUCAAUUACACUUAAUUCCAUUUUGCUGUAAACUACUGAUAUAAAUUUCAGGUUUACAUAAUUACUGCAUAUAAUGUUUACCUUAAUUUAUUGCAAUAAAGCAAUCGUAUAACAAUGAUAGAGCUUAGGUUUUUUUUCUUUUCAUAUUUGCUACACAUCACUCGAACGGUAAUGGUAACUAUUUACGCCGAUUGUUUUUCGUAGCAGGUACGGUAUGUCCUUAACUGGAAAUCUAAUUAAUUUUUCAGUGUAGUAAUCCUGCAAGAAAAAGAGGAUUGUUUUUCAGCCAUUCUCUAUCCACCGAUGGUUGAAGGCUUCCCCACGCCAUAGCAGUUUUUGGGUGGGUGGGCGGAGGCAGGGGAGG